AUGAAAUCACUGAGCUCAAAGCAUGGUCUUGGAAUCCGGAGAAUCGGACCUCGGCUUGGCUUUGUGAUGCUCCCUCAAACGAGUGAACUGUUGAGCCAUAAGCGUGAAUGGGUCGAGAAGCUCCUCGAAGAUUUCUUGCGUUUCGUCGACGUUUACGGGAUCUUCCAAUCGUCGUUGUUGGCACUCAAAGAAGAACAACUCGCCGCGAGGAUGGCUAUGAGGAGGAAAGACGAUUCUAAGAUCGCCGUGUAUUUGAAAAGUCGCAAGAAGAUGGCUAAAGAGAUCGCUAAACUCGUGUCGUCAAUUCGAUCUGUCUGGCCGUACUCGUUUUCCGGGCCGGCUUUGGUUUCUAUCGCAGACACCGAGCUGGCCGGUGUCAUCAGCGACGUCGUUGAAAUCACUGUUUUAAUUUCAGUGGCUAUUUUCAACGGGAUUUCGACGUCGUUUUGCUGA